CAAAAUGGAUACUUUUUGAAUGAGUCCGAUAGUUUUGACCAAGACUAAAAUAAUUACCAAAUAAGAUCCAGUAAUUAACAUCUCGUUUAUAAAUCUUUGAUUAGAUUUUGCUUAAUUUAUGUUUCUGUCCUUAAGAAAUGGAAGUGGACACAGAAAAGGUUACUUUUACUAAAAAGAAAGCCAGGAGGUCUUCUUUUACUCCUGGAAGAGCCAAGCAAUUUCAAGACAACAAAUUAGACAUAACUUGUGAUAUCAAGGGAAGCCUUUCCACUGAUUUACAGUUGUCAGAGUUGGCUAAGAAGUGUAUGAAGCAUGCUUUUAAUAUUCUUAAAAAUGAAAUACCUACCUUGGAAAAUUCAAAUAUCUGUGAUGAAGUUGAAGCUGCUCUUCUUAAGAAGAUCAAUGCAAUGACAGAAGAAAAUGUCUUCCACAAACUUUAUCACAAGGAGCGCUGUUCAUUGAAUCCCUUAAGUAAACAACUUGAUUCUACAAUUAACGAAUACAAGUCCCAUAUUAACACUGUAGAGGAAGAAUCAAGAUGUUGGGAUGAGCUGAAACACAAAACCAGAAAGAUGGUUACUGAUGCUGAGCUACGAGAUGUCAUAAAGUUGAAGAAUUAUAAAGAUCUACCUGAAGCAGUUUUGGAAACCUCUGAAAAUUAUCUUCCUGCAGUUGAAUUUGAACGAAAGAAAAUUCAAGAGACCAUCAAUCAAUCUCUCAAAACAGCCGAUAUUAGUGUGAAUUAUUUACAAACUGUCAGCAGUAUUCUUCAAGAAUCAGCUAAAACUGUUCAUUCUCAAGCAGAAGCCCUACAAUUAUUAUAUGCAAAAAAUGAAUCCAAGAUGCUUCCAAAUUCAAUGAAAGACACUCCUCACAAACUUCUUCAACGGAUUCCAGUAAGCAAUGAAACAGUCCAGCAACAAGAUAUGGAAUAAUCAUAAUACGGAGCUGAAAGCACCAAUUAUCGCUGCUAUGAUAACUGGUGCUUUCAGCUGCUUCUCACUCUUUUCAGAAAUAUUAACAGUUCAGAUAAGAUGUGGUAGAAUUUGCUUUCUUUCACUUUUUAUUUCUUAUUCUGUUUUAAUUGUUUUCUUAUUACUUCUCCCAAAGUAAUUAUGUAUUGCAUUUAAAUUAUUUGCAAUUUAAUUUAUUUUUCUUUUAUUUCGUUUCACUCUGAACAGUGUUUGGAGUUUGCCAUUGGGAUUAUAAUAGGCUACAUCACCAGUAAUUAAUUAUAAAAGUAAACAUUUUGGUGCUCUCUAAACAGAGAAAGAAAAUUAAUGUUUUGAAUUGUCAUCAUUUCAUCAGAGAAGAUUCAUUCUUUGGCAGAUAUUCUUGCCUAAAAUACUUGGAGAUUUUUUGCAUCUCCUCAUGUUAUAUCAACAUACUUUUAUUUGUGUUUUUUUCUUUUAUAAAAUUGACACCUGAUGAUGUUACAAACCAUUGCUAAUCUUUACUCAUUUUUGAGUUAAAAUUACUCACAGGUAAAGUGUUGAAUCUUGUGGUUAGUUUGACCUCAACAAUUACAUUGGGCAAAUAUACUUUUGCUUAAUGUUUUGUAUCAUAUUUACAGUUGAUUGUGGAAAUGUGUGGCUUAGUGGUUAGGGUGUUGAACUCAUAGUCAUAAUAUUGUGGUUUCAAUUUCUUGACUAACUAGGCAAUGCAUUGUGUUUGUGAGCAAAACAUAUCAUUUCAUGUUGCUCCAGUCCACUCAGCUGGCAAAAAUGUGUAAUCCUACAGCAGACCGGCAUCAUGUUCAGGUGGGGAAUAUAUAUGUCACAGAAACUGGGAAAUUGGUCCUAUGUGUCUACAUGAUUCAGGAAAGAUCUUUAUCCUUUUACACCUGAUUAAAGUGGCAUGCUGGACAAAAUAUUUAGUGACAUUUCUUCUGGCUUUAUGUUCUCAGUUCAAAUUCCACCAAAGUCUGCUUUGCUUUUCUGCCAUUCAGGGUUGAUAAAGUAAGUUCUAGAUGAGCAGUGGGGUAGAUGUAAGCUACUAGCCUCUCCUUCCAAGAUUUCAGACCUUGUACCAAUAAUAGAAAGGAAAUUUACAUCUGAUUGAUUUACGAAUGGUUUAUGUUGUAAUGAAAAAUUACAGGCUGAUGUAUCUUAGCUAAGUUGUAACCAAGACUUACUUUCCUCUCUAUAUCUUGAAAAGCAUUUCAAUUAUGAACUGCUAUGAAUUUAUAGAAAGUUUUCAAAUAUGUCUUACAAUAUGAUAUCUGCAAUACACAUACUUAAAAAAGUCAUCUUCCUGUUCAGCAAUUUUUCAAUCUCAACAUGUUUUUGACACUUCUAGUAUUUUCUAUUUUGCUUUAAUUUCUAUUUAUGUUAUCUUAAUGCAUUUAAGUUUACUUUAUACAGCUUUUGCUGCUACUCUUACCAAACAACAUUGUGUUUCUUUCUAAUCACAACUUUGCUUCACCCUUCUAAAGAAGCGCAGUCCAUCUAGAACUUCCUUGCUCUUGCUGUUUUUCCAUCCAACUGCUAACUGGCAACAAUUCAAAUUACAUGUCACCUACACCAACCAUAUUUGGUUAUCCUUGUUUCUCAUUCUAUGGUAUCUGUCCUGCCUUCUCAGACUAACCAUAGAAAUGUAAAAACAGUGUAAUAAUGCUACCAUGUUAUACAACUAGAAAUGGAAUUUGUAUAACAUUCAACAUGUUAUAUAUAUGUGUCAAAGUAAAGAAAAGAUUUAUUAAAAUUAUAUUCAUAUUUCAGCUUUUAUAAUUGUAAAUUUCUAUUAAAAAAAAAACAUAAACCAAAUGGUUUAAUUGAAAUAAAAUGUUUAGAUUGUUAUCUUAAAAAUAUUUUGUAUGUCACAUUACUUUGUUAAAUGAAAUAAACUUGUUUACAGCCUGA